AUGUCUCUCAAGAACGACGCCUUCCCCUCCUCGGAAGCUUUCGAGGCUAUUAGCAGUGCUCUUUCUUCCUCCGAUGCCGAGCGCAAGAAUGCCAUGAAGCAAGGCAAUGCUGUAUUCGCGUUUACUUUGAAGAACAAGGCCGGCGAGACUGAAAGCUGGCAUAUCGACCUCAAGGAGAAGGGAGAGGUAGGAAAGGGUCUUGGUAGCAAGCCAACAGUUACUCUUUCACUAUCGGACGAAGACUUUGGAAAGUUGGUCGCUGGAAAGGCGAACGCACAACGGCUGUUCAUGUCAGGAAAGCUAAAGGUCAAAGGGGAUGUUAUGAAGGCCACGAAGCUAGAGCCUGUCCUCAAGAGGGCGCAGACUGUGAAGGCCAAGCUGUAA